CUGAUUUCUUGAGAUCAUUUGACACGCGGAAUAGAUCGCAGUCUGCCUGGGGAGGCGCAGGGAAUGCAGACUUGCCUGAAGGUGCUGUUUGCCUACAUCCAGUUCAGACAAGACAUCAACAAACCCCUGGGUCUGGCGUAACAGCUCCGAAAUUUUUGUUCUUGCCUCCAUUCAGAAAUCGAGGUGCUGAUAAGCUUGUAAGCUGUGAACGGCUUGAACACGCAAUAACAGUCGAUGUCAUGACUUCUGUUCGCGAUGAUUUUCAGGAGGCGGUAGGGAAAUUUACCAAACGUUUGACAAAGGAAGAGCAGAAUGAGUUUAAAUUCGCUUCGCUUGAAGAUGUUCUGACAUCUGUGGAGGCAAUUCAGGCAGAGCAAGGCAAGCGAAAGAGCAUGAUGAACUUGACCAGGAUCAAGCGAUUUCUCGAGGCCAUGCGCCAGUACGGCGCAAUUAUCGAAGUGUUUCUGAAUGCCUCCGCGAUAUUAUGCUUUGUCUGGGGUCCGAUGAAAUUCUGUCUGAUGGUUGCAAGUUCUUGGGCAGAUUGUUUUGAUAUCAUUCUUGAUGCUUAUCAAAAGCUGGCCGACAAUUUACCACUCUUCUCUGAGUAUCGGGCUCUUUUUGGAGCUGAUUCUAGAAUGGCCAGUGUGCUGGCCUUGAUUUAUGAAGACAUCCUGGAAUUCCACUUGUCUGCAUUACGAGUACUGAAAAGGCCAACAUGGAGACAAUUGUUUCGCUCGGCUUGGAAAGAUUUUGAAUCUCGGUUUCAACGCCUCGUGGACGACCUUCAAAAUCACAAAAUUCUCAUCCAGAAUCACGCAAGUGUGAUUCAUAUCCAAGAAAUGCAAAGAGAGAGAGCCUUUGUCCGAAAUGAGUUCAGAUUGGCGGAGGAAGCUCGGAGCCAGCGAAAGCGCCUUGACGUCGUGACCUGGCUCUCCGCAUUUGACCCAAUUCUCGAUCAUGAGGCAGCUAUGACGGCACGAAUAAUGUAUCCUUCUUCCGGAAGAUGGCUGCUACAGGAAAGCAAGAUGAAGGCAUGGCUGGAUCAUAACAUAGGUUCUUCGCCACUGCUAUGGAUGAAUGGCAUUCCUGGAGCCGGGAAGACAAUACUGGCUUCUGUUAUCAUUGAAGAAUGUCAGAUUUCAUCAUCAAAAGCAGUCAUAUAUUUCUAUUGCAACUAUCAGGAUGUUGAACGCAAAACUUUCAUCGGUGUUGCCCGUGCUCUUCUAGUCCAGCUUCUUAGGCUCAACGAAGAUCUUCUGCCUUACUUUUACGAGAAGUGCAUUGGUAGCGGUCAAGUCAAUCUAGUCUCAUCGGAGCUUACUAGGGAACUGCUCAAGACAGCAUUGCAAACUGGUUCGACCCCGACCUCCAUCAUUAUUGAUGGACUUGAUGAGUGCGACCCCGUGGAAAGAAAAUCGAUUUUGUCAUUUUUUACCCCCAUAAUUGAUGUAGAAGGACCCGCUGGGAAAUUGAGAGCGCUUUUUGUGAGCCAAGAUGAGAAUGACAUUCGGAGGCUCCUUCGGAGUGCCUCCAUCCUGAAGCUAUCGGAUGGCCAUAACAGGUCAGAUAUUGAAGGAUAUACCAAGCAUUGGUGCACAGAAAUCCAAAGGAAGUUUGGGUUACCCGAUGAGACAAUCAGAUAUAUCAAAACUGCAGUACAAGAGAGCUCUGACGGAAUGUUUCUUUUUGCAAAACUGGUUGUAACAAACCUAUUCGACCAAUUGACGCCGGAAAAAGUCUAUUUAGAAUUACAACCUGGUACUUUCCCGAAAGGGUUUGAACAAGCGUACUCUCGAAUCGUGCUACGUACUAGCCGGUCCACCUCCUGUUUUUUGCUCGGGGCUCGCGUACAGUCGGGGCAAGCAACUGUCACGGGCAAGCAAAGUGUCACGCUUGAAAAACACACCUAAAAUCUCAAGAUUCUAAGGAGUUUGUUCGCGAAAACACACUUAAAGAACUUAUAAUAUAACUAAGAAUAACU